CUCUCCGGCCUCUCGUCCGCUCCAAUCCCGAUCCUAUCUAUCCGGCAUGGCCGCCGCCGCAGGCCCGCCGUCGCACAGCGCGGACCUGAUGCCGCCGCCGCCCCCUCCGCCCGUCCUGACGACGACUGCGCCCCGUCCUCGCCGCCGCGCAAGGGAAGUCAGCUCCCGGUACCUCUCAACGCCCGUCCCCUCGACCCCGCGCCUCUCCACCGCCUCCUCCACGCGGUCGCGCUCCCCGUCGCCGACGCCGUCGCCUCGUGGACGGCAGCGGGCGGUCACGCCCUUCGCCAACGAGAACCACCCACCCCCGCCGCCGCCUCCCACGGGCACCGUUGCGCGCCGGCGGGCCGUCCAGAAGCUUUUCGAGGAAAUCGGCGCCGGCAACCCGCGCGCCUCGGUGAGCUCCAACUCCUCCGCCGUGCCCGCAGCUACUCCGCGGCCGCUCCCGCGCUCCACCAGCGGGCCGGCCGCACCCACCGCGCGGAGGGGGUACCCGCGCCUUCCGACGCCCGCGCGUGCUGGCUCCUGCCCGGCUUCCGGCGCAGUGGAUUCCGACACCGCCUCUUGCUGCUCUUCGUCUGAUACGUCGUCCACGGCCACUGACCUGUCUGAGGCGGAUCGGGCGCUCGGGAUGGCUCCAGCCGCGCCGUGCGAGAGCCCGCCACUGCUGGGCCCAGCGUCCUGCCGCGGUGGACGCCUUUCGUCAGAGCUCUGCUCGUCGGUGCCGGAGUCGGGCGGAUCCUCGCGGGCGUCCAACCCACUGUGCUACCGCUCGCUCAACUCGGCACUGUCAAUCUCAACGGCGAUGGCUGGGAAGUUGACGGCGGCAGGGAGGCCACCACAGCCGCAAGGGCCGAAGGUAGCUGAUCUGAAGAAGGCGGCGAUCCUGGGGGGCAGGAAGGUUGCGGGGAAGCAGGAAGACGUGCACCUGCUGCGGCUGAUGGACAAUUCGUACCUCCAGUACAGGUUCCUCAACGCCCGGGCUGAGGCAGCAGGCAAGGCCAAGGCGGCGGCUGCAGAGAAAUCCUUGUACGGGGUCGAGGAGAGGAUUGCCAGCCUCAGGGUAUCUGUCGCUGAGAAGAGGGCAGAGGUAGAGAGGAUGAAAAGGGAGCAUAUAUUGAGAUCAGUAGUAAAUGCGCAGGUGCCACAUUUGAUUCAGUGGGGUGAGAUUGAGGGGUGCCAUGGAAGCUGUCUUAGAGGAGCAACAACAGCGCUGUCUAACACCUCGCUAAGGCUACCAAUCAUUGGGAGUGUAAAUGUAAACUGUGGGGAAGUUACAGAAGUCCUAAAGUCAGCAGCACAACUGCUUGAACCGCUUUCACCUGGCAUCGAGAAUUUUCUGCCAAAGGUUGAACAAGCCGGCGAUGUGGCCUCUAAUCUGGCCCAGGUUAUCGCUACUGAGAAAACCUUGAUAGAGGAGUGCGGUAAUCUCCUAUACCAAGCACAAAACCUGCAGAUGAGGGAGUCCAGCUUGAGGAGUCAACUGAUGCAACUGAAGCAAAAUGAAGCAAAGUAAAACGACCUAGGACUAGGAGUCAAGUGUGGAACAAAACGAAGCAAAGUAACACGCCGCCAGGGCGUUUGUUCAACCAAGUGAGCUAACUGUGUUCCACCGUUGGAUGUCCAAGAGGACGGAAGUUGCCUGAUCAUAUAUACAUGACCAAGGCAUAAGUGGGUUCUACGAAUUGCUGAUUCUUUUCCAGUACAUAUGUUGUGCAAUUUGCUGUGGAAACAUUUUCGUUGUCUACCUAUUGGAAAAGCAGAUACAGGCAGACUUUUACAAAUGGAAAUUGGUUGAU